AUGGAAAUCGAGGCGGCGGGACGUGGCGGCGGAUCGGGCGGUGAUGUGGAGAGGGGACCACCGGUUAACAACGGCGAGGCCCGUUUGGUGUGGGAGGAUUUGAUGGUGGUGCUGCCCAAUUUCGGGCAGGGCCCAACGAGGAAGCUGCUCCAUGGGCUUCAUGGGUUUGCUGAGCCGGGGCGGAUCAUGGCGAUCAUGGGCCCUUCGGGUUCUGGCAAAUCCACCCUUCUCGACGCCUUAGCGGGUAGAUUGUCGAGGAAUAUUGUCAUGACCGGAAAUAUUCUUCUCAACGGGAAAAAGCGGUGCAUGGAUUAUGGUGUGGUUGCUUACGUGACCCAAGAGGACGUACUAUUGGGCACCCUCACAGUCCGAGAGACUCUUACAUUCUCGGCGAAACUGAGGCUUCCAUCAUCCAUGUCCAUAGACGAGGUUAAAGGCGUUGUGGAAGGUACCAUAAUGGAAAUGGGCCUUCAAGACUGUGCGGAUCGGCAGAUAGGAAACUGGCAGAUGAGGGGCAUAAGUGGCGGAGAAAAGAAAAGGCUGAGCAUUGCACUUGAAAUCCUCAUCAGGCCCCGCCUGCUCUUUCUUGACGAGCCCACUAGCGGCCUAGAUAGUGCUGCGGCCUUUUUCGUGAUCCAGUCCAUUAAAAACUUGGCCCGUGAUGGGAGGACGGUGAUCUCGUCCGUCCACCAGCCCAGCAGUGAGGUUUUUGCUCUGUUUGAUGAUCUUUAUUUGCUAUCAGGGGGGGAGACGGUUUACUUUGGUGAAGCUAAGAUGGCAACUAAGUUUUUUGCAGAAUCGGGAUUCCCAUGUCCGAGCAGGAGAAAUCCUUCGGAUCAUUUCCUGCGGUGCAUUAACUCGGAUUUUGAUAUAGUGACAGCCACAUUGAAAGGCUCGCAAAGGCUUCGCGAGACUGAAAAAUCUUCUGAUCCCUUGAUGAAUCUGGCAACAGCGGAUAUCAAAUCAAUCCUUGUCGAAAAAUAUAAGCAAUCGACAUACGCAAAAAGAGCGAAACUGAGAUCAAGGGAAGUUUCCGCUAAUCAAGAACUGGAGCUUGAAUCGGUAAAAGGAAGCCAAGCUAGGUGGUUGAAGCAGCUUUCGACACUGACACACAGAUCAUUCCUAAAUAUGUCGAGAGAUGUGGGCUACUAUUGGUCCCGAAUAGUCAUAUACACCAUUGUUGCUAUAUGUGUUGGGAGUUUAUUUUACGAUGUGGGCACGAGUUAUACCGCCAUAUUAGCCAGGGGAGCUUGUGGCGGCUUUGUCACGGGCUUCAUGACUUUUAUGUCCAUUGGUGGGUUUCCCUCAUUCAUUGAAGAAAUGAAGGUGUUUUAUAGGGAAAGGCUUAACGGUUACUAUGGGGUGGCCGUGUUCAUACUGUCGAACUUCUUGUCUUCCUUCCCCUUUUUGGUUGCUGUCUCGGUUGUGACCGGAACUAUCACGUUUUACAUGGUGAAAUUUCGGUCGGGAUUUUCGCAUUACGCCUUCUUUUGCCUUAACCUUUUCGGGUGCAUUGCUAUGGUGGAGAGCGUGAUGAUGAUUGUGGCUUCUUUGGUUCCUAAUUUCUUGAUGGGGAUCAUAGCUGGCGCUGGUGUUCUCGGGAUUAUGAUGAUGACAGCUGGCUUUUUCCGGUUGUUGCCGGAUCUUCCCAAGCCCGUCUGGCGCUAUCCGAUUUCGUUCAUUGGGUAUGGUGCAUGGUCUUUGCAGGGAGGAUACAAGAAUGAUUUGCUUGGGCUCGUUUUUGAUCCUUUGUUCGCUGGUAACCCUAAAAUAACGGGCGAAUACGUACUAACGAAAAUGUUUGGGAUAUCACUGGAUCAUUCCAAGUGGUGGGAUUUACUCGCCGUGUAUGUUCUCAUCAUAGCUUACAGACUCGUGUUCUUUCUUGUUCUCAAGUUAAAGGAGAGAGCUUCACCAUUUUUACAUUCGAUUUAUACAAAGAGAACCCUUUAUCGCCUUAGUAAGAGGACACCCGUCCAAAGGGUGACGGGCCUCACUUCAAAGAGGUCACGAAAUGCGCGCACACUGUCUUCACAAGAGGGUCUUGCUUCCCCUAUUGUCUAA